AUGGCCAAUCUAUAUCCAUUAUCAACAAAGUGGAAAUUCAUUUUCUUCUAUGAUGCAGCCGCUACAAUGCUAUGGUUCUGUUGUUUGGCAAGAUUCUUAAUAUUAUUACCAUUGGUAGGAAGGAGGUUCUUACCUGGUGGCAUAGCUGAUUUCUUUCAUGGUAUAUCACUUAUCCCUUUGAUUGGGUUCUUCUUUAACAAGUUACUCCUUGAGCCAAGUUUCUCAUUAAAGGAUAUUUGGGGUUAUACAAAUGGUAUCAAAAUGGCUUGGAUCUGUUAUGGAGUAAUAUUUCCUCACCCUAAGAUUGCUAAACAUACAUCAUACUCAUUUUUAAUACUAUCUUAUUGUGUGGGAAAUUUGAUUCAUUAUAGUUAUUAUACAUUCAAGACAAAAACAAGAGCAUCUCCAAGAUUCCUUUUUUGGUUAGAGUUCUCUAAUUUCUAUUUAAUAUAUCCUAUAUCACUUUUGGCAGAAAUGAUUCUUAUCUUUUUAAGUCUUGAAUUCGUCUUGGAAGAUCUGAUCUAUGAUUAUCUUUUAAAAUUUGUCUUGUUGGCAUAUGUUCCAAUAGCUUAUUUUACCUGGGGUUAUUUGAAAAGGAGAAGACAAGUGAAGUAUGUGGAGGUUAUUGAGAAGAGAGAGCGAAUCAAGAAUUCGGUAGCCAAUGAAAGAACACAACCUGCUGCUACUACGGCUAUUCCUUCUAUUCCAGAAGAAAUAGAAUUAAGAGAGGUGAAUAACUAA